UCUUCAAUAUGAAAUAAUGAAUUACUAGGGUUUAGGACUGACGGAGCUGUCCACUCGGACAAUACUGAGUAAUCUUCACUGAAGAAAGUAACAUAACCAACUAUUUUAAUCCCACCAACCUUCAAAUUUUUUUCAACCAAUUUCAGUAUCGCUGGCGGUCACCGGAAUCUGUACGGAAUGAGACCCUUCUCACUUCUCCUCCCCCUCCUCCUCCUUCUCCACCCCAUCUUCUUCUCUCCCACUUCGGCUCUCGACUUUCUCUUCAACUCCUUCUCCAACAUCACCAAUGCCACCGACCUCACUCUCAUCGAAGACGCUCUGCUCGAGGCCACCGUCAUCCGCCUUACAAACGACACCGCUCCGCUCUCCGUCGGCCGCGUCUUCUACCCAACAAAGCUCGCCAUGAGACCUACUUCCAAUUCCUCCUCCCUCACCUCCUUCUCCACCUCCUUCGUCUUCUCUAUUCUCCCCGACAUCGCUUCCAGCCCAGGCUUCGGCCUCUGCUUCGUCCUCUCCAACUCCACCUCACCCCCCAACGCCAUCGCCAGCCAAUACUUCGGCCUCUUCACUGACGCCACUGUCCCCUUCGUCGCUCCGCUGCUCGCCGUCGAGUUCGAUACCGGGCAAAAUCAAGAGUUCAACGACCCAGAUGGAAACCACAUCGGCAUCGACCUCAACAACGUUGAAUCUGCUAUCACAAAGCCGGCCGGAUACUACGAUUCAAGUGGAGGCCUCGUCCCGAUUCAGAUGCGUACCGGCCAGAACGUUCGGGCUUGGAUUGAAUUCGACGGGACUAAUUUUGAAUUCAAUGUCACUGUCGCUCCUGCUAAUGUUUCACGUCCUUCUCUGCCCACGCUUACUUACAGACACCCCAAGAUAGCGAAUUACGUUUCGGCCGAGAUGUUUGUUGGGUUUUCGGCUUCCAAAACGCGGCAGUUGAUUGAGGCGCAGAGAGUUUUAGCUUGGAGUUUUAGCGACACCGGGGUUGCUAGAGAGAUUAACACCACCAAUUUGCCUGUGUUUCAGCUGAGUUCUUCUUCUUCGUCUUCGUUGUCAAAUGGGGCAAUUGCAGGGAUCGCAAUCGGUUGUGUGGUUGUGGUGUUGGUUUUAGCAUAUGGGUUUUACUUGUAUUGGCGAAAGAACAAGCUGGAACGUGAAGAGAAGGAUGAAAUUGAAGAUUGGGAGCUCGAGUAUUGGCCGCACAGAUUUUCAAACGAAGAGCUCAGCGAGGCCACCGAUGGUUUUUCAAAAGAUCAGCUUCUGGGUUUUGGUGGGUUCGGAAAAGUUUACAAAGGGACUUUAUCAAACGCCACAGAAAUCGCAGUCAAAUGCGUCAACCACGAUUCGAAGCAAGGACUGAGAGAGUUCAUGGCGGAGAUCGCAAGCAUGGGCAGGCUGCAACACAAGAACUUGGUCCAAAUGCGAGGAUGGUGCAGAAAGAGGAACGAGCUCAUGCUCGUGUACGAUUACAUGCCCAACGGAAGCCUCAACAGGUGGAUCUUCGACAAGCCCAAGACGGUUCUGGGUUGGGAGCAACGACGUCGUGUUCUGGCCGACGUGGCGGAAGGCCUGACCUAUCUCCACCAUGGCUGGGACCAGAUGGUGGUUCACAGAGACAUCAAGUCGAGCAAUAUUUUGCUGGACGCCGAGAUGAGAGGGAGGCUCGGCGAUUUCGGGCUGGCCAAGCUGUACCAGCACGGAGCAGUGCCCAACACGACACGUGUGGUCGGUACGUUGGGUUACUUGGCGCCGGAGCUGGCAAAUCUGGCGUCGCCGACGGCGGCGAGCGAUGUGUACAGUUUUGGUGUGGUGCUGUUGGAGGUGGCUUGCGGAAGGAAGCCUAUUGAGAUGGAGGCUGCGGAGGAUGAGGUGGUGCUGAUUGAUUGGGUGAGAGAAUUGUAUGCAAGAGGGAGGGUGGGGGAGGCUGCGGACCGUAGAUUAGAAGGACAGUAUGAGGAGGAGCAGAUGGAGGUUGCUUUGAAGCUUGGAUUGGCUUGUUGCCAUCCUGAUCCCCAGAGAAGGCCUAGCAUGAAGGAAAUUGUGGCGGUUUUGGUUGGCGAGUCAGCAGCUGCCCCCGCCCCCGCCCCCGCCACAUUGUUGUCUGAAUUUGCAAGGGGUGCUAGUAAUGUUUUUAGGCGGGGAGGAAGAGUCUGAGGCGUGGCGCCGCUCCAACCCCAGCCGCCUUCAGUGUGAAUAGGGUUGUUUUUGUUUUUAAUUUUUUUUUUUCUGUAAAAUAAAAAAUUUGUGAAUUAUACAGUGUUAGUAAUUGACAUUUGAUUUUUCAAAUGUAUUAAA